AGUGGCGUGAGAUGCGUUUUUGUUUUGAAACGGGACUCCUACGCCGGUUCGUAAGUUUGAUUUCUAGUUUGUAAUGACUGUCGGGGUGUUCUUUAAGUGACGGCUACGGUUCUUUAUCAUCCUUGAAAGAAAGAAAGAGAGAGAAACGUUUUUAUUUGUCGCUUUCCUCUCCUCUUCUCUUCUCUCCGCUCUCUAACCAUGAGUGAUUGGAGCUGCGCCGGGGUCGCCCUAUCCUCCCGGAGGCCGUAUUGAUUCCGGCGCACGUCCGUUUGAUUGAAAACCGGCAAUGUGAGAAGUCUAAAGACGAGCGCAUUUGUGAACUGACGCGGGAAUAAAGACGGAAAGCCACACCACUUACUCCGCUUCGCACUCGUCUGCCGACAACUCCGAGCGGACCGCCUUUACGCUCGCCGCGAAACAUGGAAACUUUACCCGGGAGCAAAACGAUGAACCAGUCGGCGGCGAUGUUCGCGAACCUGCCGCCCUUCGCCAACGCCAGCCAAGGAGAUCCGCUUCCGGGAAGGUCCAACCACUCCUGUCCCUUAGGCUGGGGCUUAAACGAAGGCCUGGAGGCGUGCAUCCUGGAAACGGCGGUCAUCGUCCUGCUGACCGUUCUGAUCAUCGCCGGGAACGUGACCGUGAUUUUCGUUUUCCACUGCGCGCCGCUGCUGCACCACUACACCACGAGCUACUUCAUCCAGACGAUGGCGUACGCGGAUUUGCUCGUCGGGCUGAGCUGUUUGGUCCCGACGUUAUCCCUGCUCCACUACCCGGCGAGCGUCCAGGAGCCCAUCACGUGCCAGGUGUUCAGCUACGUCAUCUCCGUUCUCAAAAGCGUGUCCAUGGCGUGCCUGGCGUGCAUCAGCGUGGACCGGUACCUCGCCAUCACCAAGCCGCUGUCGUACAACCAGCUGGUGACGCCGUGCAGGCUGCGCGGGUGCAUCGCCGUGAUCUGGGUGUACUCCGGGCUCGUGUUCCUGCCGUCGUUCUUCGGGUGGGGCAAGCCGGGGUACCACGGGGACAUCUUCGAGUGGUGCGCGCAUUCCUGGCCCACGUCGGCGCUCUUCACCGGCUUCGUGGUGUGCCUCCUGUACGCGCCGGCCGCCCUCGUCGUCUGCUUCACGUACUACCACAUUUUCCGGAUUUGCCAGCAGCACAACCGCGAGAUCAGCGAGCGGAGGGCGAGGUUUCCCAGUCAGGAGAUGGAGGCGGAAGGCGGAGGCGGAGGAGGCGGCGGCGGGCAUCACGGGAGCGGCGGGAGCAGCGGCGGAGGAGGCGGCGGGCACGGUCCGGACAGACGCUACGCCAUGGUUCUUUUCCGGAUCACCAGCGUCUUCUACAUGCUUUGGUUGCCGUACAUCAUUUACUUUCUCCUGGAGAGCUCGCACGUCCUGGACAGCCCGGCGUUGUCCUUCAUCACGACGUGGUUGGCCAUCAGCAACAGCUUUUGUAACUGCGUCAUCUACAGUUUGUCCAACAGCGUUUUCCGACUGGGCAUGCGCCGACUUUCCCAGACCAUGUGCUCCUUUAGCCACUGCGCAGCCGACGAUCGGGAUUUCGGGGAUUCUAAACCGAGGAGACGGGCGAAUUCCUGCUCGAUUUGAAAGACUUGGGAAAAUGUGAACACGUGCGUCUGAUCACACUGCGAAAUGUAA